AUGGCUGUAGAGUUAAUGCCGGGCUACAGGUUUACGUCGAAAACCGAAGAGAACGCAGCCCAAGAAGCGGCGGCGGCCGGAUUUCAGAGCGUCGAGAAGCUAAUCAGGUUGCUUGCUCAACAAAAUUUUCAAACAACAUCAUCUUCAAAACCUAUGGAUGUAAUUAGAAACGCCGACUGCCAGGCGGUGGCGGACGUGGCGGUGAACAAAUUCAGAAAGUUUAUUGCUUUGCUAGACCGCAAUCGGACCGGCCACGCACGAUUUCGCCGUGGCCCAGUUAAUAAUCAUCAACUGAAACCCGAGCCACGGUCCGAACAACUCGGCCCUAAUCAAACCCAGAAAUCUAUGGUGCAUCAGAAUGUCUCGGAGGAAAAGGGAAGGGAAAAUUCUAAUGGAAAAAUUUAUCGACCGACGCCGAUUCAGAAGCUGCCUCCUCUGCCGCCGGUUAAAAACGGGUCAAUCGAGAGAAAAGAGUCGUCGACAACAAUAAGUUUUGCUUCACCAGCGAGUUCUUUUAUCUCGUCGUUGACUGGUGAUACUGAGAGUCUUCAGCCUUCUAUGUCUUCAGGGUUUCAGAUCAACCUCUCUCAGGUAUCUUCUGCCGGCCGUCCGCCGCUAUCGACGUCAUCGUUUAAGAGGAAGUGUAGUUCAAUGGAUGACGGAAGCACCAAGUGCGGUGGUGGGUCUUCUGCAGAUCGUUGCCAUUGUCCCAAGAAAAGGAAAACAAAGGUUAAGAGAGUUGUUAGAAUGGCAGCUAUAAGCAUGAAGAUGGCUGAUAUUCCACCUGAUGAGUAUUCUUGGAGGAAGUAUGGUCAAAAGCCCAUCAAAGGUUCUCCACAUCCUAGGGGAUAUUACAGGUGCAGUAGCGUAAGAGGGUGCACGGCCCGUAAACAUGUGGAGCGGGCUUUGGACGAUCCAACGAUGCUAAUUGUGACCUACGAAGAUGAACACAAUCAUGCCCAGUCUAAUUCAGAAGCACCAGCAGCUAUAAUUCUUGAAUCUUCUUGA